AUGCCGUUGUGUCAUAUCCCAGUUCCUAAAUGCAUAAUCGGUGUUCCUCCCAAAAUCAACCAUAAGUAUUAUCAGUCAGGGGAUGUUAUCAUAGCUGGCAUUACUUCGCAGAGCUACAUGUUUUCCAACCCUCUCAAUUUUGAAAGCCAUCCUUCUUCUGAACUCCUUGAUGACCUCAUAUUUCUAACUCAGACCUACCAGCACAUCUUGGCUUUUGCCUUUGCUGUGAAAAAAAUCAAUGAAGAUCCUCAGAUGUUGAACAACAUCUCCCUAGGUUUCAAUAUUUACAAUGCAUACUUCACUGGAAGUUUAACUUACCUGGCUUCGCUGGAGCUUCUCUCUACCUGGGCCAAGUUCAUUCCAAACUAUAAAUGUGAUUCCCAAAGUACUAAUAUGGCCACGAUUGGAGGACCUGACUCCCAGGCAUGCGUGUUCAUGGCCACCAUCCUCAGCAUCUACAAAAUACCACAGCUUGGAUAUGGAUCUUCUCCUGUGAUUAGUGACCCAUCCCAACAAGCCUUCUUCCAAUGUAUGUUCCCUAAUAUUAACCAACAGUACACAGGGAUGAUCCAGCUGCUUUUGCUUUUCACGUGGACCUGGAUUGGUGUCAUUUUCAUACAGGAUCACAAUGGCCUCCGGUUUGUACAGAAGGAACUUCCCAAGUUUUCCCAAAGCGGCAUCUGCUUCGAAUUUAUAGAACGAUUGCCAACCCUAUAUUUUAAAACGGGCAUUGAUGAAAUGGUGGAAUCAUGGGUCAAAAUGUACCAAAAGAUCAUUGGCAGCAGAGCCAGUGUUGUGCUUUUACAUGGUGAAAUUCACACUACGAUCUUUCUGAGAGCGUUUCCCAGAAUUGCACAACUUGAAAACAUACCAAUGAAGACAAGUAAAGUCUGGAUGAUGACAGCAGAGAUGGAGUUCACUUCCGUUCCUUUUCAGCGAUCUUGGGAUCUAGAUAUCCUCCAUGGUGCCCUAGCCUUUGCAACUCACUCCCAGGAGCUGGUGGGUUUCCAAAAUUUUAUUCAGAGGAGAAACCCUAAUGUGGAGACCAGAGACGGUUUUAUUAAGGACUUUUGGAAACAGGCAUUUGAUUGUUCCUUCCCAACUUCCUCGGAAGAGAGCAAUGCUUGGAAUUGCUGCACUGGGGAGGAGAAUCCAGAGGAUCUUCCUAGAUCUGUCUUUGACAUGAACAUAACUCCCCACAGCUACGCUGUCUAUAAUGCAGUCUAUUCUGUGGCCCAUGCAUUGCAGCGCAUGACUUCAGUAAAGCUGAAACACAGAAUUAUCUCCAGGAAAGAACAAAAGAAACUCCUGAAUCAACAUCUGUGGCAGUUUCACUACCAUCUACAAAAAGUGUCAUUUAACAAUAGUGUUGGGGAAUUGAUUUCCUUUGAUCAAAAUGGGAGACUGGAAACAGGAUUUGAUAUUAUCAACUGGAUUGCAUCCCCAAAUCUAAGUCUAUAUCGAGUCAAAGUGGGAAAAUUUGAUCUCAGAGCCCCCAAAGACCAAAUGUUCAGUCUUUAUGUUGAUGCCAUUAAAUGGCCAGAGAGAUUUAACCAGGUACAGCCUCGGUCUUUGUGUAAUGAAUUCUGCCAAAAAGGUUAUAGCAAAACCAAAAGAGAAGGAGAAUCAUUUUGUUGUUAUGAUUGCCUUCCGUGCCCAAGAGGGAAAGUUUCAAACCAAAUGGAUAUGGAUUCUUGUUACCAGUGUCCAGAGGAUCACUAUGCCAGCAAAACCCAGGAUCAGUGCAUUCCAAAAGAGAUCAGCUUCCUAUCUUUCCAUGAGCCUUUGGGGAUCACCUUGGCCAUUGUUGCUCUUUUAUUUUCCUUCAUCACAGCUCUGAUCCUCGCAGUCUUCAUUCAGCACAAGGAUACUGCCAUUGUCAAGGCCAAUAACCAGGGCCUCAGCUAUGCCCUCCUGGCCUCCCUUCUGCUUUCCUUUCUCUGCCCUUUGCUUUUCAUUGGUCGGCCUCAGAGAGCAACUUGUCUCCUCCGCCAAACUGCUUUUGGCAUCAUCUUCUCUGUGGCGGUUUCUUGUGUGGUGGCCAAAACCCUCACUGUAGUCCUAGCUUUCAUGGCCACUAGGCCAGGCUCUCAGAUGAGGUCAUGGGUGGGGAGAAGGCUGGCACUUUUUAUAGUGCUUUCCGGCUCUUUCAUUCAAACUACUCUUUGCACAGUGUGGUUGGUGAACUCCGCUCCCUUCCCAGAUCUUGACAUGGGCUCUCUGCCUACAGAAAUAGUCCUGGAAUGCAAUGAAGGCUCCACUGCCAUGUUCUACGUUGUCCUGGGCUUCAUUGGCCUCUUGGCCAUGAUCAGCUUUACAGUGGCUUUCCUUGGCAGGAACCUCCCAGACAGUUUCAACGAAGCCAAAUUUAUCACCCUCAGCAUGCUUCUCUUUUGCAGUGUCUGGAUCUCUUUUGUCCCAGCCUACCAGAGCACCAAAGGAAAAUACACAGUGGCUGUGGAGAUCUUCUCCAUCUUAGCCUCAAGUGCUGGAUUACUGACCCUCAUUUUCUCCCCCAAACUUUACAUCAUCUUGAUAAGACCUGAGCUGAAUAACAGGCAACAACUCAUGAGAAAACCCCCCAUGAAGUGA